AUGAUCAGAAGAGGACAACCAGCAACAAAACGGAUGAACUCAGUUGCAGUGGCGAUGAUGAGUGGACCCUUGGAAGAUCCGAAAAACCAGGUCACCAUGGAGGAAGAAUAUGUACAAGGACAAUUCAAGAAGUUGCAAGCACAACGUAUGAUCAUGCAGAAAAAAACAUUUACCAAUUGGCUGAAUAAUGUUUUCUACAAACAACAUGCAAACAUUAAGAUUCUAGAUCUCUUCACUGAACUGAAAGAUGGUAUUUAUCUCCUGCAUCUUUUGGAGCUACUGUCUUCUGAACAACUACCCAGGCCAAACAAAGGCAAGAUGAGAAUUCACUUUUUGGAGAACAAUAGCAAAGCCAUUCAGUUCCUCAAAUCUAAGAUACAUGUGAAGCUAAUUGGACCAGAAAACAUAGUAGAUGGAGACCAGACCCUGAUCCUUGGAUUAAUGUGGAUAAUUAUCCUCAGAUUUCAAAUUUCAUUUAUCAGUCUUGACAAGGGUGAAUUUGGAUCCAGAGUUGAUGCUCUUUCUUCCAAUGAAGCUCUACUAGUUUGGUGUCAACGUAAGACAGCCAGCUAUUCUAAUGUCAAUGUGAAAGACUUUUCCAAAAGCUGGAAUAAUGGGCUAGCCUUCAAUGCCCUCAUUCAUGCUCACAGGCCUGAUCUUAUACAAUACAGCUCUCUGCGGCAUGACCAGCCCAUAAUUAAUCUAAAUAAUGCCUUCACCGUGGCAGAGAAGCACCUGGGAAUCUUAAAGUUGUUGGAUGCUGAAGAUGUGGCGGUACCAUUUCCAGAUGAGAGAUCCAUUAUGACCUAUGUGUCAUUCUAUUACCAUUACUUUUCCAGGCAGAAGCAGGGUCAGACAGUCCAGAAAAGGCUUACUAAGAUCGUGUUCUGCCUGAAAGAGACAGAUGAAUUGAAAUUCCAAUAUGAACACAUGAUCUUUGAACUCUUGAAAUGGAUAAAGCUCAAAGUGACAGAACUGGAUGACCGUUCCUUCCCCAAUUCUCUCGAGAAAAUGCGCUUCCUCAUGAAUAACUUUAAGGUCUUCCGCACUACAGAGAAACCUCCCAAAUACCGUGAGAAGGGAAUAAUUGAAGCCAAUUUUUUCCACAUACGGACCAAACAGCAAGUCAACAAUCAGCGUGCUUAUCUGCCCCCUGAAGGAAGAACUUUAAGAGAUCUGGAAAAAGAAUGGAUUGCUUUGGAGAAAGCAGAGGGCAGUCGAGGAAAAGCAAUACUGCAGGAGCUGUUAAGACUUGAGAAAGUUGAGCAACAGGUCCAGAUAUUUCUGAAGAAAGCAGCCAUUCGUGAGGCCUAUUUGAGGAACAUGAAAGAGAUAAUCAAAAAGCAGGAUGAUUGGCAACCUGACAAUGUAGAACAGCUUCAGGCAGGCACUAGGAAACUAGAGGCGAUUGAAGCAGACAUGCUUCCCCAAGACCAGCGCUUCAAAACCUUGUCUACAAUGGCUGCUGAAAUCAUGCGGGAGAACUAUCAGGACAAGGCCUUGAUUGCCAAAAAGCAAAUGGACAUCAUUCAUCAAUGGCAAGAUCUCUGGGAUCAUUUCAAAAGACAAAAACACGCUAUGGGAAAGAUGCAGGAAGUGCUAGUCCUUUUGAGGGAUAUUGACACCAUUAUGGAAGAACUUAAAGGAGUGCAGAUAUUAGUAAGCUCUAGGGAUUGUGGCAAGGAGCUCUUAGAAGCAGUAGAAUUGUUACAGAAGCACAAAUUAGUUGCCUCCCAAAUCUAUUCUCUUGAGGAAAGCAUCAUGUACAUUUCUGGAAAAAAAGAAGAUAUAAUACAAAGGAAGCCAGUUAAAUCAGAUAUGCUUCAAGCCAAAUAUCAGAUGCUUCAUCAGCUACAUCAGAAUCUUCAGCAUUCCUGCCAAACAAGGCAGCAUCAGUUGGAAGGUGCUUUGAAGUUUUUUGAAUUUUUUCAUGAAUGCAAAGAAGAGGAGAAAUGGUUGUCUGACAAAUGGAAAUUAGUGAAGAUGGGGACUUUAGAGGAUGAUCUCACUCAUAUUUCAGCCGCUCUCCAAAGCCAUAAGUCCCUCCAAAUUGAGUGUGACUCCCAUCAAGCAAUUUGUUCUAAGAUAAUUUGCAAGGGCCAGGAGUUAAACCAGAACAAUCCUUCAAACCCAGAGAUUUGGAAGAAGUUGAAAAACAUCCAGCAGUUGUGGCAACAGCUCCAACAUGAGAUGACUAAUUGUAAGAUGCGCUUGAAUACAGCUGUUCUCAUUCAACAGUACUUUGCAGAUAUUAAUGAGGUUGACUCCUGGCUCCAGGAAAAACACACUCUCCUAGCCAGCAAAGAUUAUGGGAAAGAUGAAUCUAGUGCAGAAGCUUUGUUGUAUCGUCAUCUUCGUUUGGAAAAGGAGCUUGCUGCUUAUUUUACAGAAAUAAGCCACUUGGAGGAACAGGCCCAUUCUGUGGCGCAGCAAUUGAUGGCAUCUGUGCCAGCAGCAAAUUCAGAAAUCAAUAACCAGAGAGUAGCUAAAAUGCCAUCAAAUCAUUAUCUUUCACAGACUCUUGUCAAACCUACAUUCACUGGAAUGCUUGGCUCUGAUUCACACUUUAUUAUGGAAAAGAUAUGGAAAAUGCAGAAGAACAUUGUUUUGCUGCAUGAAAAACUGCAAACCAUGGCUGAGAGUUUCCUAAUAGAAUUGGCUGCUGGGGAAAAACAGCUGGCGGAGAUCAGUUCUUCAGCAGAUAUAUUUUCUAAGAGAUGUCCUGGAAAACAGAAGGAGAUCCAAACUCGUAAGCAACAGAUAAACAAGAGGUGGGAAUGUCUGGAAGCAUUAAAAGAAGAAAAAGGCUCAGAACUGAUUGGGGUUACUGAUGUCAAGACAUUCCUUCAGGAUUGCCAUGACACUCAAGAACUGUUACAAGACAAGAUGACCAGCCUUGAGGAUUUGGGGCAAGGGAGCAAGCCAGCUGUCUUGGAAGUGCAGGCACGCAAGCUUUCAGCCUGUGAAAGAGACAUCUCAGUUCUGGAGAGAAAAAUUGAAUACCAAAAAAGGAUAGCCAAUUUAAUCCAAGAUUCCAAUCCUGCAGAGAGUCAUGCCAUAAAAGAACAUGGAGAAUACAUGGAGAAUCUAUUAUUAAUGUUAAAGUUAAAAACAGGGGAGAAGAAGGUGGCUUUGCAGAUAUCAAGGGAUCAACAAACUUUUCUGCAAGAGAGCCACAGACUUCUCUUAUGGAUUGAUGGUAUGAAGGAGAAACUGACAAGUGAAGAGAUAUGCAUAGAUGUGAUCUCUGCAGAACAGCUCUUGAAAGAACAUCAGGAUUUGCUGAAAGAGAUACACAGCCAGAAUCACAGAUUUAAACAGCUGCAAGAAUUAGGUGAGAAGGUUGCAGAUAGUUCAUCCAAUAUUGGAGCUCUUGAGGUUGGUGAAUAUAUACACAGAAUUUCUCAAGGAAGAAAUGACCUGGAUAAGUUAUGGAUGGAGCAACAGAAGAAGCUACAGGAAAAUAUAGCAUUGCAGAAAUUCAUUAAAGAAGUUGAUUCAAUCCUUGCUACUAUCUCCAGCCAUGAGGCCUUUUUUCAGACUGAUAAUCUUGGGGAGUUCAUUCAUGACACUGCUGAACUCUUGGUAUGGAUGGAAGAAAAAUACAAGAUAGCCUCAGAUGAGUCCUAUCGUGACCCCACAAAUAUCUUACGGAAGCUGAAAAGGCAUGAGGCUGCAGAACAAGAAAUGAUGGCCAAUAAGAAGCAUUUUAUGGGGGUAAUGACGGCUGGAAAUCAGCUGAUACAAAAUGACCACUAUGCUGCAGAUUCCAUUCAGGACAAAAUGUCGGAAAUAAAGAAGAAAUGGGAGAAACUCUAUAGCAAGAUGAUAGAACAUGGAGAUAAAUUGAGGCAGGCUGGCCAGGAGGAACAACUGAUGGAGAUUCUUGAGGAUGCUGACGAGAAGAUAGAGAAGAUAGAAAGGAUGCUCCGAAAUGCAGAAUUGGGUCAUGAUUUGCGUUCCAGUCGCAAUUUACUCAAGGAGCAUAGACAGCUAGAAAAUGAAAUGCAUGGACUGGCUGAGAAAAUGAAUUCCAUUGUGUCUCAUGCCAAGAGUGUAGCUACACAUCACUUCAAUAGAGAGAAGAUUCUUGAUGAGACCCAGAGUUAUCUGGAAAGAUUUGAUUCCCUCCAAAAACCUCUUGUGGAGAGGGGGCAUCUGUUGGAGGCAAGUGUGGAACUGUUUCAGUUCUACCAUUACCAUGACAUGGAAAUGCAGUGGAUUGGUGAGCGAAUGUCCAUUGCCAAAUCCACAAUCCAAGGAAAAUCUUUAAAUGGGGCUCAAAGCUUGCUACAGAAGCAGAAGGAAUUACAAGUUGAAGUGAAAGCCCAUAAGCAGCAAAUAUCCAGGGUUCUAGAAAAGGGGAAUGCUAUGGCAGAAGAUACGUGCAUAUCUUCUCAGAGAAUCAAAGAAAAGUGCCAGGAACUGAGCAAAAACUGGACAGAGCUGGAAGAAGCAUGUGAUAAAAAAAUUAAGCAACUGCAGCAGUCAGUUGUUUACUAUCAGUUCUUAAUGGAUAUUUGGGACCUCGAGAAUUGGGUGGCAGAGAAGCUUCCUCUGGUCACCAACAAAGAUUGUGGUAAUGAUGAAGCCGCAACUCUUAACCAUAUAGCAAAAUAUAAGGCUCUAGAGCAUGAAAUUGGCAUUUAUCAGAACUUGGUUGUGGAACUAGAAGAAACUGCCAAAACUCUACCACUUUCAGACUCUAUCCAUUACGAUGAAGUUGAUAUGCCUCAAAGACAGGUCCACACAAAGCUUCAAGAACUACAAACAUUGGCCAAAGCAAGGGGUAAACGGUUGGAGGAGACACUUGAACUACAUGACUUUCUGAGAGAAUAUGAAGAUCUUGAGGGCUGGAUCAAUGAGAAGAAGCAGGUGGCCAGUUCUGAAGACUAUGGAGCUGAUUAUGACCAUGUCCUUCUUCUUUGUGUCAAAUAUGAAAAAUCUCUGCAUCAGAUGGAAAUUGCUGCCCAGAGAGUUGCUGCAUGUCAUCAGUUAGCACAGAAAAUGUUGGAUUAUGGCCAUGUUGAAUCCAGGGAGAUUCGGAAGAAGCAGAAACAGUUGAGCAAUGACUGGCAGGAGUUGCUGGAGAUGACAAACUACAAAGGCAAACAGUUGCAAGAUGCUGAAGUAAUUUACAAGUGCCUGCAGGACUUGAUGGAAGCUCUCAGCCACAUUGAGGACAAAUUGAAGACCAUCCCAGAUUCCAUUGCAAAAGAUCUAAAUGGGGUGCAGUCACAGCUACGUAAGCAAGCAACUCUUGAGCAUGAAUUAUUUGGGAAUGAGAAACAGCUGCAUGUUUUGAUUGAUACAGCAGAUGGCGUGCUCUACCUGUGCUCUGAGAGGCAAGCAGCGGAGAUCAAGGCAAAGCAACAGGCCUUAAUGGAGAAUUGGGAAAUUUUGCGGUGUAAAGUGGAACAAAACAGGGAGCAGCUAGAACACGCUUGCAGAUUAUACCGCUUCCAAACCUAUGUAUGGGACUAUUCUUCCUGGGCAUCUGGGAUGAUAAGAGAAAUGGCAGCUGAGGAGACCAUUCGAGAUGUAUCUACCAGUGGUCUGAAGAUUAAUCAGCUUCAGCAGCUAUUGUCAGAGAUUGAGUCUCGAGAUGAGAUUUAUGAGCAAGUGUCACAGCUGGGACAAGAGCUUGCGCUGGAUCAGAAAAUGGCAACAGGAGAAAUCCAAAGUGUAUUAGAAACUCUGAUAGAGGCAAAGCACAGAGUGUACCAGGUAUGGGCACAGAAGAAGGAAUGGCUUGAGAAGAUCCAUCUUUUGCAGAUAUUUUACCGAGACUGUGAAUACCUGGACAACAUCUCAAACUCUCAAGAGAUGUAUUUGAAAAGCUGUGAUUUUGGAAGCAGUGUGGAUGAAGUGAUACAGCAGAUCAAGAAACAAGAGGCUUUCGAGAAGAUUCUAGCCUCUCAGGAAGAAAAGGAACUCUCCCUUCAGGAGCAAAUGGGAAAAUUGCAACCAGGUAGUGAGUUGGAAGUCACGCAGAUUCAACAGAGGCUCAGUGUGGUGUUAAAGAAAAGAAGAGGCAUCAGAGAUCUUUCUCAAAGUAGGCAAGAAAAAUUGCAGGUAGAACUCCUGCUAGCUGUAUUCUACCAGAGUGUAACUGAGGCCGAGGAUUGGAUUGAUGAACGUAUGCAGAUGAUGAAGGUUCCUUCUUUUCAAAACUUCAACAAGUCAUGUGACAAAAUGAAGCUUCUUCAGAAACAUCAAGUCUUUGAGGCUGAGAUUCUGGCUCAUAAAGAUAUGAUUGCAACUGUUAAAAUGAGAGGAGAAGCUCUACAACAUCAUAAUAUUCCUCAAUCGGAAGAGAUCUGCCAAAAGAUGUACUUGCUCCAAGAACAGUGGGAAAUGUUGAAUCAGGCUGUUGCUGCUCAUGGAAAAAUGCUUGAGGAGAGCAGGGAUUUUCUUGAAUUUCUACAAAAAGUCAAUCACGCAGAGGCUUGGAUCAGGGACAAGGUAGUUAUGGUUAAUAUUGGUGAUGUGGGGAAUGACUACGAACACUGCCUUCAGCUUUUGAAAAAAUUAAAAGAAUUCCGAGGAAUGUCAGAGGGGGUAACAGUGGAUGAUGCACACAUCAAAGACAUCAAUGCUCUCGCUCUGCGAUUGAAGAGGCAGAAUGAUGAAGAGAUGAAAAUAAUAUGCCAACGCCAAGAACAGCUGAAUGAAAAGUGGAACAGUUUCCAUGGUGAUCUUAAAACAUAUAAGAGGAAGUUGGAAGAAGCUCUGCAGAUCCAUGCCUUGAUUAGAGAAAUUAAUGACAUCACAGAGAGAAUUGGUGAAAAGAGUUCACUGAUACAAGCAUUGGAUUAUGGAAAAGAUAUUGAAAGUGUAGAAAAUCUACUUCGGAAGCAUGAUGAAAUGGAGAGAGAAAUUGGCAUCAUUCAAUCCAAGAUGGAGUCACUGGAACCAGAACUAUGUCAAAUUAAAAGGAAUCCAUCUACUAUAAGUAGCAAACUGACUAUAAAACAGAAGGAAAUGAGAAAUCACUGGUUACAAUUGCAGAAUCAGACCAAACAAAGGUGUGAGAAGCUAUUAGCUUCUUACCAGUUACAGAAGUUUAACUCUGAACUGAAGGAAUUACUAGAUUGGAUUCACGAAAUCAAAAGUCAAAUUGAAAUUGGGGAUCUUCCUAAAAGUCUAGCUGAAGCAGAAAUCCUGAUAGAGGAGCAUCAAGAAAUAAAGGCAAAGAUUGAAGCUCGAGGAGAAAGAUUUGGUGCUCUUAGCAACUACGGUCAGAAACUUGGCAAUUCUGGCCAUUAUGCGGCUUCUGAGAUCCAUCAUUCCCUCAUCAAGUUACAACAAGCAUUAAAUGAAAUGAUCCAGGCCUAUGAAGAACAAAGUCUAAAAUUACAUCAAGCCAGAGACUUACAGAUUUUUGUUGGUUAUGUGGAAGAGAGUGAAAGUUGGCUAAGUAGCAAAGAGGCCUUCCUAACAAACAAAGACUUGGGGGAUUCGAUAUCCAGUGUGGAAAGUCUUCAGCAAAAGCACAUGCAAUUUGAAAAAGACUUGAACACCCAUCUGAUGAAGAUUGAUAAUAUAGCUAUCUUUGCCCAAAAGCUGAAGGACAGUCAGCAUUAUGAUUCAGAGAAUAUAAUGACUAAAUGCCAGGCUGUGUUGAGAAGAAAGGAAAAGCUUCUGGAAAUUGCUUUAAUGCGGAGACGUCUGCUGGAGGAGUCCUGGCUAUUACAAAAAUUUCUGCACAAUUCUUUUGAGAUAGCUGCCUGGAUGAGUGAAAAAAACAGUAUUGCCCUUGAUGAAAGCUGGAGAGAUCCCAGCAAUCUUCAAGCUAAACUACAAAAGCAUCAGACUUUCCAGGCAGAGAUUGUGGCUAACAAAAAUCACCUCAACAGAAUCAAAACAGAAGGAGAGAAAAUGCUCCAUGAAAGGCAUUAUGCUUCUGGUGUCCUCCAGUCUAGACUCCAGGAAAUAGAUGAGCUUUGGGAUGAGUUGCUGGAAAACUGUGAGGAAAAGAAAAGAAAAAUUCUGGAUGCUUACAAGGCUCUGCAAUUUCUACAUAUUGUAGACGAGGCUGAUAAAUGGCUGGAAGACCUAGAGAGCGAUAUGAAAAUACCAGAAAGCAGUGAUAAUCUACUGAUUCUGAAUGAUCUCCUAAAGAAACAGGAAGAACUGGAAACCAGCUUUGCUGCCCACAGGGACCAUUUCCAAAGUCUGAUCAACAACGUGCAAGAACUGCAGGAGGAGAAACAUUUUCUGGCAGAUGAGAUAGAGAUAAGAGUGGACCAGGUGGUACACAGAUACAAAAGUUUUAGGGAGCCACUCCAGGAAAGGCAGCAGCAUUUGGAAGCCAACAGAUUGCUGUACCAGUUCCUCCAGGAUGUCAAUGAAGAGUUUACCUGGAUUCACGAGAAACUCCCUUUGGCAUCUUCCAGAGACUAUGGUCAGUCACUAGCAACUGUUCAAAGCUUACAGGAAAAGCACCAGAAUUUAGAGAAUGAGAUUAACAGCCAUGAUGCCUUGAUUCAAGCAGUUAUCAGUUCUGGGCAGAAGCUGAUGAAGGAAAAACAGGUUGCUUCCCAAGCAGUCUUGGGACAAAUAAAGGAACUGAUAAUUUCCUUUGAAAAUCUGAAGAAUGAAGCUCAGGAAAGAAGAUGGAGGCUUGUAGAAUCUCAUAAAGCCCAGCAUUUUUUCAGUGAGCUUUUGGAAGUAGAAUCCUGGAUGGCAGAAAAAGGACUUCUGCUAGAAAUUCCAGAUUAUGGGAGAAAUGAAGUAUCAACUCAAGCACUGUUACGUAAAAUGGAAGCUACAAAGCUUGAUCUGGAGGGAUUUAAAUCCCGAAUUGAGAAGCUGAAGGAAACAGGAGACUAUUUCUUGAACAGUAAUAACACAGAAAGUUCAAUUAUCCUGCCCAAACUUCAGUCUGUUUUAGACCAAUACCUGUCUCUCCAGGAUAGGGCAGAGAGACAAAUAAAAGCUUUGCAGGAACAAUCACAACUGCAUCAAUUUGAGAGGGAAACUCAACUGGUGGAUGCUUGGCUAUUGAGCAAACAGAAUAUGGCUGAAUCAGAUAACUAUGGUCAGGAUUUGGAGAAUGUGGAGGUUCUGGAGAAAAAAUUUGAAGAUUUUAUGAAAGAGGUAGAAACUCUAGGCCAUACAAAAGUUCUACUGAUAAACAAUCUAGCAUCUCAUCUUAGAACUGUGUGUCACAAUCAAAUAAGCCACAUCCAGAAAAAAAACCAGGAUAUCCAUGACAGAUGGGAAAGGUUGCAGCAAGCUAUCCAAACAAGAGUAGAGAAUCUCAAAGCAGCUCAUCAAGUUCAUCAAUAUGAUCGUGAUGUGGAUGACCUAAAAGGCUGGAUGCAGGAGAAAGAGGCUGUUGUGACCAGAGAUGAUUAUGGUUAUGACCUACUUGGAGUUCAGACCCUCCUUAGUCAACAUGAAGGAGUAGAGAGGGAACUAGCAGCCAUUGCAAAAGAGUUGGAAAGAGUUAGAGGAGACGCCUGGCGCCUAGGCUGCCUCUACCCUCUGCCCAGAGAGAACAUGAUGAACAGACUUUCUGAGGUUGAAGACUGCUGGGAGAAACUAGACAAGAAGUGUGUGGAAAGAAAGCUGAAAUUGCAUCAGGCUGAAAAAGUCCAAGUCUACUUCAAUGACUGCAGAGAGUUGACAGCCUGGGCAAGAAAGAUGCAUUCCCUGAUUGUUUCAGAAGAGGUAGCAAAUGAUCUUCUGGGAACUGAAUUGCUUAUUAAGCGCCACAAGGAAUACAAGCUUGACAUAGACAAACAGUGGUUGAAAUAUGAAGAUUUGGGGCAAACUGGAAAUAACCUGGUGAAGGAAGGACAUUUUAUGUGCAUGGAAAUUGAAGAGAAACUCUCUGAAUUAUUGGAGCUAAUGCAAAAAGUGAGAGAAAUCUGGGAUCUGAAGAAGGAUUUGUAUGAGGAAAACUGGGAGAUUCAGCUGUUAAAAAGGGAGCUGGACUUUGCUGAAACCUGGUUGACAGCUAAGGAGAGUUUUCUUUCAGAUUCAAAUUAUGGGAAUUCUGUCUCUGAUGUUAAACAUCUGUUGAAGAAGCAUCAAGACUUUGAAAAAAUGCUAGAAGCCCAAGAAGAGAAAUUUGCACAGUUGAAGAGAAAGACAAAGAGAGAAUUGAAGCUACUGAAACAAAUGACUAUAGAAGAAAAUGAGCAAAUGACCACAUUGAUCAAAGUCCCCUCACUAAGAAGGCGACAUUCAGAUAGAAGAAGCAUAAUGCUUGAGCCAAAGAAAACUCAGCAAUUACCACUUAUAUCCUCAAUUCCCAACUUAAGAGAUCCCUUCAAUGUCUCUCCUACCCAAAACUCUAAAGAGAGUUUGCACCAAAUCAGUUCUGAAGAAGACUUGAUGUUGAUCAAUGAUUCUCCUGAACCAAGAGUGCUUGGCUUAGAAAAUUCCAUGCCAGAAACUGAGAAUUCUUUAUGUCCUUCAUUGACCUCAGACUUGAAUAUCCAGCAAUCUGAUGUUGGAUUUUUGGAGUCACACAGUAGUGAUUUUAAUCCAUCAGAUGUGAUAAACAGUUGUGAAAUUUCUACCUCUGAGUUAGAAACUAGUGAAAUGAAAACUCAAUAUGGUGAAGGAUCCCCUGAUGAUUGCCAAAGUUUUCUGCACUCAGAUUUAUCACCAGAAGGAUCAGAAACUGCUUCCCAAAUUUCUGCCAAUCGAUACAUUAUGGCAGGUUUUCUAGAAAAAAGAGACCAGGUCCUUUCAAGAAGGAAAGAGUCAAAGACAAGGGCUUGGAACACUUUCUAUGUUCAACUUCGAAGACAUAAACUUGACUUCUAUAAUGAUGAGAAGGAAGUAAUUCAGAAAAUACCUCCAGGCUUAUCACUGAGCAUAGCUGGAGCCAGGUGUGAGAGGCUAAUGAACUAUUCCAGGAAAAAAAAUGCUUUCAGCUUGAGAACAAGUGAUGGGGCAGAGUACUACCUUGCAGCAUCGUGUCAGAAGUUAAUGGAGGAUUGGAUGCAUGCAUUAUGGAGUAACUUAGAUCAUAAUAGCAAUCAGAAGGACGUUUCAAUCAAUGAAAAUGUGGUGAAACCUCAGAUAAAACCUUGGAUUUCUACAGCUAGAACUUCUACUCAUAAACAGACUAGCAAAGGUUUCCUUCUGAGGAAAACUCCUUCCUUCAAAGCUAAUCGAGAAAAAAGGCUUGCUGGAAGUUCUGUUAUAUCAGAAACAUUGACGCAAAAUUAUGAAACCCUCGCUCCAAAUUCUGAAGAUCCUGGCAGCAGAAUUGAGCCUAUGGUGAACACAACAAAGUGUGUAGACAACCUUGAUGCUACAGAGAGAUCUACAACAGAGAAAGGUCCCAAGAAACAGAAGGGGAUCUUUAAAUAUCUUUUCAGGAAGAAAUAG